AUGCUCCUGCGCCGUCGGACAGGUAGUGAGCCUAGGCAUGCAUCGCUUCAACUAAAUGGAUGGACACGGGUGGGCGACAAGGCUGCUUCCUCAGAAGACUCGUCGCCCUCCGCGGCCCGCCGUUCAUGGCGCUCCUUCACCCACACUAUCAAGCGCCAUUAUACCCGCUUCCGUGUGGCCUUGGCUGAACGGUUUGCGCGGCAUGGGCACUGGAUCUCGUGCCAUCAGACGCGGUCGAUCCUGCUAUGCAAUGUGGUGAUUGCAUCGCUCUUUUAUCCUGCGGUGGUCAUGUACUUGCUGACGACGUCGGAGGGCCCGUCGUCGAUGGCAAGCGCCCCUGCGUGCAUGCAUCGCAACGAGCUGAUGGCGGGCCACGAUGCAGUCUGUGUCAUGGGAUCCUGGAUGCCAAACAACAUCUGGGACAUGGCGCUGGCCUCGAUCCUGGAUCUGACUGGCGCGUCGCGCGCCGACGUCCUAUCCGACAUGUACCCGGUGCAGGACCUACGCUUGGUUUGGGAUGAGACACCUAGUCUCCAAGUUGUUCGCGACACAAACGUGUCUGCGCCCACGGUGCAUGUUGCGCAGGUGCUGGUCACCUCGGACGCGACGCGGCGGGCGGGCGGCUCGCCGUACGGUGUACUGCAUCCCCGUCUUCUCCUCUCGGCUCUGGCGCUGCAAGAGGCACUGGAUGAGCGCCUACUGCACCCCAAGGCCGCGGGAGACCCUUCGUGUGUGCGGCGCAAUGCAACAGACUCUUGUCUCGUGCUGAGCCCCCUCGAGUUCUGGGGCUACGACGCUGCGCGGGUCCGCCAGGACAAGCACCCUGCGCAGAGCUAUACAGGCAGUCCUGUAAGAGCUGUCGUGACGCCGCCCGUGGCGCCUCUGACGCCGCAUAGCCCGCUGCCGCUGCUCUACUCGACGACGCUGUCCGGCCGGUGGCCGUACCUGCCGCUUUUCUCGCGCGCUGAGUACCUGGUUCUCACGUACUUUCUGCAGGAGGCGCCGACCGACGCGUGGCAUGCGCUUGUGCAAGAAUCUGCCUCGAGCCUGUCUAUGGCGCAGGUUCGUGUGCCGUCUGGCAUAGAGCCCGGCUCGACGGUGCUCGAGUUCCAGCCGCUGGCCGUGACAGAGCGGCCGAAGCUGCAUAUCCAGGUGGUCGUCGUUGGCUACCUCCUUCUCCUGCUGUUCAUUUUUCGCGAGCUCGUACAGAUGCGGCGGCUGCACACGCGUAUCGGUAUGGUGUUCACCGGCAGUGUGCAACUGGUGAUUGACCUUGUCCUAAGCCUAAGUCUGUGCGCGCUGCUGGGCAUCCGGCUGAACGCGGUGCCAUGGUCCAUUUUGCCGUUCAUCAUUGUGCUCGUGGGCGGUGAGACCAUGCUCUUUGUGAUCCGCACGAUCACUAACACCCCUCUUUCUCUUACGGUCCAUGCGCGCGUGGCGUAUGGCCUGUCGCAAGUAGCUGGCCCCAUUACGGUCUCGGCGGCGAUCGAUGUGGUCAUGCUAUGCCUGUUCGGCUACUUUGUGCGUUUGGAGGCCGUGAAGCAGUUUGUCGUCUUUACGAUCUGUGCGCUUGUCGCCGACUAUUUUAUGCAAAUGACCUUUUUCGUCACGGUGCUCAGCAUCGAUAUCCAGCGGCUGGAGCUGGCCGAGGUGCUCAUGCAGGGCGCGCGUGUCCCAUCGGUCACAGCGGCGGCCGACGCCGCGGACGCGCCGGCCAAGCUGCUGCCGUACCGCCCGCACUCGGCGACGGCAUUUCUGCUGGACGGUGUGCGCCGCAUGAUGCGCAUGCGGGCGCCGCAGGCGGUGCGCACAGCGCUCGCGGCGGGCAUUGGUGCAGUCAUGCUGGUCGCGUGGCUUCCGUCGAUCCUCUCGAGCCACGGGCUGAUCCGCCUGCUCGGCUCACGCGGGCAUGUCCUGCCGUCGCUCGAGCAAUACAGUGAUGCCGCGCUGGACGCGAGUCCGUACGGUGCAUUCUGGCGUGCCAUCAACCCUGGGCGCGCGCCGUACGUGCGCCUGGUCCUGGACCCGUGGGUGCUUGUGUCGUGGGCCGACGCGUCACUACCUGCGCGCGGCGCGCGCGAACCGCCAGGCCCAUGGCUCGAGGCGUUGUUCUAUGACCGGCGUGGGACGACGCUCUUUUUGCUGUUUCUCUUCGUUGUGAGCCCCAUUGCACUGUCCACGCUGAUCUUGUCUGUCGUGCUGCGCUACCUGCAGCAGAACUCGGACAAGCUCGAGACGUCGCACCAGCCGGGCGACGACGCGGAGCUGCGGCGCCUCCUGCAGGCAGAUACCCCGCCGGACCAUGCCUUGAAUCUGCAGCUCGUCGCCCACACGGACGAGCUGCACGAGGGCCCGAUCCUCUUCCUAGCUGCGGCGCCCGGCGUCUGUGUCAGUGUCGACACCCACAACACACUGCGGGUGGAAGAGGACGGCCGCGUGGUGCUGUACAGCCUGGCGAAGCAGCGCACGGAGCAGGGUCUCCCGGCGGAUGGGACACCGAUCAUGGCCCUCGCUGCGGAUGAGCGGCACAUCGCGUGGGGCCAGGUGUCAGGCCGUGUAUCGCUGAUGGACCUCGACACACGCCGGAUCGUGGACCUGAGCAGCUACCCCAUCGACACCGCGUCCGAGCGCCCGUCGGCGCCCGUGCAGCAGGUGGUGUGUAUGUCCACACAUGUGCUGUCGCUGCAUGGCGACGGUGCCGUGUGGGCAUGGCCACUCGCGCCGGGCUCCGAGCUCUCGCCGCUCGUCUCACCGCUCCCGGGCGCCUGGACCGCGGCGCCGCUCUCCAGUGUGGUACGCGGCACGUGGCUUGCGGCGGCAUCGUCUCGUGGCCAUCUCGCGGUGUACGGCAUCGCCGCCGAUCUGCGUGUGGAGCGCGUCGGCCUCGUGCACAGCGGCGGGGACCUAAUCCGCUGCGCGGCGCUGGUGCCGCCGCUGUGCCUGGACGACGAGCCCGGCGCGGAACGCCCACCGCGCCUUUCGCCGCCGCGCGUGACAGCAGGCGGCUCGAGCCCGCCCGCUCCCACAUACUGGCUCCUCACGGGCGGGAACGACGGAACGCUGCGGCUGUGGGCCCUGCCCCGCAAGAGCGCCGUGGCGACGCUUGCGCUCGAUGCGCCGGGCGACGGCGCGAUCCGUUCGAUGGAGCGGGUGCGUGAGACGCAGUUCCUCGUGCAGACGGCUAACCGCGUGUGGUUUGUGCGGGUGCAAGGCACGCGUGGCCAGCCGAAGAUCGUGCUGGUCGACAGCCUGCCGAAUGUGCGCGGCGUCGCGGACGUGUACCCCCACUCGGGCGGCGAUCCCGUAUGGCUCCUUGGCAUUCGGCGGGCGGACCAUACGGCCGAGGCACGCUGGGACGUGUGGCGCGCGCGCCUGCCGUGUGGCGACAAAGCAGCGGUGCCGGUGCCGGAGCGGAUCCCCGUGGCCGUCGAAGCCCUCCUGCGCGCGUCCUGA